AUGAAUUUUCUUUCGAUUAAUAUUUGUGGGUUGGGGUCUGAUGUUAAAUCAGCAUGGAUCAAAGGUUUAAAAUUAGAAAAUAAGAUUAGUUUUCUGGCGAUUCAAGAAAUUCAAAUUGGGGAUUUUAGUUUUGAUGCGGCUUCCAAACUUUGGGGUAAUAACUAUUUAGAGAUGGACUUUAUGGGAGUGACGGGCAGAUCGGGGGGAUUGGUUAGCAUUUGGGAUCCUAAUUUGUUUCGAGCACAAGGGGUUUCUAAGGAUAGAUAUUUUCUCCAUAUUUGGGGUCAUUUGGUGGGUUCCAAUCAGUUCAUCAACAUAAUCAAUGUCUACGCUCCUCGGCGGGUGUCGGAAAAAAAGGAUUAUGGGAUGCUUUAUCGGGGGUGGUCAGCUCGGGGAACGGUUUGUGGGUUCUAUUGGGAGAUUUUAAUGCGGUGCUAUCUAAUUGAAUAUGGCAUGAAAGGUAGGAGCUUUACCUUCAUGGCCCCUAAUUCAAACAAACUGAGUAAGAUCGACAGGAUGUUGGUUUGUAAAUAUUUUUUUGACAAAUGGCCUGAUGCAUGUUUGAGAGCUCUUCCGAGAUUACAUUCGGAUCAUAGCCCGGUUAUUCUGGUGUCCAGCAGUGAAAAUUUUGGAGUUAAACCUUUCAGAGAUAGGAUAAAAGAUUGGAGAAAAGAAUUGGUGAAAAAAGAGAGAGAAGACAUGGAAAGAGAUAAGGAAGAAUUGGAUGCUUUGGACAUUUUGUGUGAGGAAAUGGAAUUAAGCGAAGAGGAAUUAUGGAUUAAGGAGGAAUGUGUUAAGAAUAUUAGGGAACGGGAGCGGUGGGCGAUUAUGGAUUAA